UUUUGUCUGUUCGGGCAAGUCUACCCUGACGGUUACGAACAGCCGUUCCACCUUGAAAAACAAUUGAAAAUGUUGUUCUAGCUUUUCUUUUUGUGUCUUACUAUUGACCGAUCGCUGUAUAAAAAUUAUAUAAAAGAUUUAUAGGUCGAGGAGGCCCCUCCUCUUCGAGAUCGACCCAUUAUUCAGCUGAAAAACGCGGUCCAGCUGAGACAUGUCGAGUGAGGAAAGCUACUUGGCCAUCAUACGGUACCUGACUAAUGAACGGGAGCCGUACGCGCCGGAGACCCCAAGUAACACCAAGAGGAAAAUACGGAAGGCGGCUGUCUGCUAUGUUGUAAGGAACGGGACUUUGUUUUACCAGCGUCGCCUGAAGGGGCAGGAUGGUUUCACGGAGCUGGAGGUGGUGCUGCAGGACGGCCGGAGGAAGGAACUUAUCAGCGCGAUGCACAUUAACGAAGACGGGGAACACCUGAACCGGCAGGUCACCUGGGAGACAAUUUCUCAGAAGUACUGGUGGAGAGGUAAGAAACUGAAGCUGUAACUGUGGAGAAAUGUUUGAACAGUCAGUUUAAGGUGUAGGAAUUAGCCGAUGUUGGUAGAGAGGCUGGAACAAGCAGAGAAACGCCACCCACUCAACACACUGACACUCUUGUCUCCAUCUAGUGGUCAGAUUAGGUACUGGUUAGGUACCUUAACCUUAUAGACAGGGUAAUAUUGAUAAAAACGCUCAGUUUAAAAAUCUGCUUUACCUCUGAACAAAAAGAAUAGUAUUUUUAUAGGCCAGAUUUAUGUAGCACCAUCCAGCAAAGUACUACUCUUUCUAAAAGCAGCCCUGAGCCAAUAAAGCCUCAGCACAGAUUAUUACCAUUUCUUAAAUAAAUCCAUAUCAUUCUAAUCCCACUUUCCUGCUUUAGCUUCACAUUCAUUUGUGUAUUUUGUGUAAACUCAGAUCAGUGUAACGAUUGUGUAACAAAGAAUGCAGACUCAGAUGUGAGAUUAGAGCUACACUAUAACACAGUUAAUCUUGAUUGUAUCUUUUCCAUGUAUCUUUCUUCAGUCUUUCUCCUUGGUAGAGGAAGGAUGUUCUGUUUCUUAUUAAACAAAUAUGCAACCUCCACUGUGGUGUUUCCGCUCUGCUGUCUCUCAUUUCUCAAGAGACAAAGAUAAUUGUCCUAUAGGUCAUGUGUAGAAAGGCAGUGGUCUGUUACUGCAUUAAUACACCAAAGGCUCUUCCUCUCACUGCCUUUGAAUGCCAUCUGAAAACACAUUUCAAAUACUCAGUUGUUUCUGUGACUUAUAAUAAACUUUUUCAUUAAUUUGUUGUUGCUUUUCAUACCUUUGAGAAGCACUUUGUCAUUUUUCUUGCAGGACAGCACUGUUUACAUGACAUUUAUUCUCAUGUCUAGACAUUUCACCAGUAAAAGUUUCAUUAAAGCAUCAUCUUAUUGGCUAUUCUGAAGAGUAAAAAUGGUCUUUUGGAGCCAGAACUCAUGUAAUGCUGAAUUUCCCUACAAACUUUUUAGUAGAUUCAAUAUUUUUGCUCAUCAGACAAUUAAAACCGUGUACUUUAUGCUCUUAUGUUUGGGGUAAAAUUUAUUAAAAGUAAAAUUGUAAAUCAAAUUCAGUUUGGAUCAAUAUUUUGUCUCCAUGAUUGUCCUGUCCUUGUUUCUGGCGCCCUCAGGUAUCCUGAAGAAUGUGAAAGACCACAUCAAAGAGUGCGCUCAAUGUCAGGUCAGACGAGGUCUUGAUGACACCUCAGGGACUCGUCUGUUCUCCCGUCCGGGGAGACGCAAGGCAAACAUGAAUGAGGAGGAGGAUGAGGAUGAGGAGGAAGAGGAGGGAGAUGAUGGAUUCUUCACAGACUCGACUAGUCAACUUAGGUCCAAGUUGGCCAAAAUGUCCAAGCACGAACUGGUGUUUGUAAGUUUGUCAGAAUCUUUGCUUUCAUUCCCUAAAAUCACAGAGACGACCUGAUGAUCCCUACAGCUAAGGCUGCAAUUUGUCUUUAAAACAUACUUUUUUCAGCUUUUACUGAAUUUUUGUGUCUGAGAUGUAUCUCGAUUAGAACAAAAUCCAAGAAACUGCAGUAUAUUUUAGUGCUAGUAUGUCAGAAUCAGCUUUUUUGGGCCAGAUACGUAUGUUGGACUACAAGCAUGAAGCAUAAAACAUUAAAAUGUUUAGCAGGGUUCCUACUAAAGUAUGGAAAGUAUGGAAAUAAGUUUAAUCAAUUUCCAGGUCUCAAUAGUCUGGAAAAAUAUUUAUGUUUCCAGACUAUUACCACCGUUCUAAAAUACUUUUUUCUAAAAAAGAAAAGUAGGUAUUUCCACAAAUAAUUCUAAAAAGGUAGGGUAUGGAAAAGUAUGGAUAUUCCAACAGUGUAGGAACCCUGGUUUAAGUUGACAUGUAACAAUACUGCAGGCCACUGAUUUACUGAAACCAUCUGAUGAAAGGAAAACUUCUUCACACCAAUAUACUAACUGACUUUUACAGCUGGUGACCACAUCUGGCUGCCACACAAGUCUCCCUCUUCUCUCUUUCAGUCUUUUGAGUGUUUCUGUGUCUCUUAAAUUGCAGUUCUUAAAGGCGUUCACAGUAAUCAGUCUGCACCCUUUGUCACGGUUGAUAUUAGAACCACUCAGUUUCUACUUUGGUUCCUUUUUAACGCCUGCAAACCAGAACAGCUCAUUACAUGGCUGCAGGCAGAAAGGCUGGCAUGUGAUGUCUCUGAGAAUGAUGCAAAAACAAACAGACUUUCAGAUGGUGAAGUGAAAGACUGAAGUUUUUCUAAGUGGAGGGAACUCAACAAUGCAGAAACCCUUAAAUUGUCUACGUCAUGUGCUCCUCCCAGGUGGACAGUAAAGGGGAGGUGAACCAGUUCCUGCCCAAACACAGCCAAACCAUGUUGGACAAACUGAACCAUCAGCGGCUCAAUAACCAGUUCUGUGACAUCACUCUGCUGAUCGAAGGAGAGGAGUACAGAGCGCAUAAGGCUGUGCUGGCGGCGUGCAGCGAGUACUUCAAUGAGCUCUUCUUUGAGAAGGGGGCUGCCUCCACACAUGAAGCCGUGGUGGACCUCUCAGGUGAGACUGUGGAGUUGUUCUGUGUGCUGAAUGUUCAGUCUAAUUUCAUUGUUGUAACCUUCCUCCCUCUGCCUCUGCAGGUUUCACCAAAGCCAGCUUCCUCCCUCUGCUGGAUUUUGCCUACACAUCCAUGCUCACGUUUAACUUCUGCAUAAUGGCAGAGAUUGCAAACCUGGCGCGUCAUCUGCUCAUGACAGAGGUGCUGCAGAUCUGUGAAUCCGUCCAUAAGCAGGUGGAGGCCCAGAAGCUGACUGUGUAUCAGAAGGGAGACGUGCACACGGUGGUGUCUAGCGAACAGGUCUCUCAGGUCGGCUCCAAGGACGAGUCUGGUGCCUACACACUCACCAUACAGAGCGAUGGCCAGGCGAUGGUCACACAAGGAGCUGUGGCUCUGACAGGGGAGCCUUUAGCUUUUGUUGCAGCUCCUGCGGAGGCGUACAUCCAGCAGCCAAUGGCUGUCGUGACUGAAGCUGUAGAAGGAGACUCUGUGCAGCACGUGGAGGCCAGACAAAGUGAAACAGUGACUCUGAUCACUCACGGCACAGCUGCUGAGCCGGGGGAGACUGUUACUCUCAUUUCCUGCAGUGCAGAGGGGGCAGAGGGGGAGACGAUGACCGUGGUCACCCACAGCGGUCAGGCUGGAGAGAGCGAGUCUCUUGCUGUGGUGUCAGCCUGUCUGGCCAUGGAGCAGCCGCAGGUCACAGAAACAGGAGCCGUAGUUAUAAAUGUGGAGUCAGACAAAGUGAUCCCCUCAGAGGAGGACAAACAAACAUCUGAAGCAGCAACAACAUCUCAGGAGAAAGUCGAAGCAGCACCUGUACCGCAGAAACGCAAAAGAGGACGUCCAGCCAAGGUGAAGAAGGAGGUGGAGGUAGAGGAGUAUGUGCCUCUGGAGGAGGAGGACCCCUCUACUGAUGAAGGACCUGGAGACAAACAAGACAUGACGUCAGAUGAACCAAACCGACGACAACUCAGGCAGCGCUCCAUGGCUGAGGGUGGGUACGCCCGUUUACACAUGGGGCUGGAGGAAGAAAAGGAGGUGAAGAAAGGAUUGACUCCGGCACGAGCUGCCACACCAAAGGUACACGGUUACAUUUAAAGGAACAGUCAGUAUUUUUUCAAACCCAGGAUCUUGUUCAAUGCAUAACAACAAAACAGGCUGUGAUGGCUUUAAGUGGGAUUUGGUUUGAGGUAGGGGUGUCCCGAUACAACUUUUUUUACUUCCAAUAUGACACCAAUAUUGUAGCCUUCAGUGUUGGCCAAUACCAAUAUUGAUCUGAUAUUAGCACAAAAUUGUGCAUGACAAGGUUUGGACUCAGCUGCAACGUCUUUUUCUGGAUUAGACAAAAAAUGCUGCCACAUAGCCGACAUCACUCUUACUCCUUCUUACUUUGUUAGUGUCUUAGUACACACUGUUGUUGUGAUUACGUGGGCUUUGCAUGCUGGAUCAAGGCGCUGCUAGAUAGAGGUUCUGGAGCAGAGUCUGGAAUGGACUGCUUGUACUCCAGUGCUGAUAUCAGAGAUUUUAAAUGCAGGCUGAUAUAAUCCGAUAUUUUUUAUUUAUUUAUUUUUUUGCUGAUAUUGGACCAAUAUCAAUAUCAGACCGGGGCAUCCCUAGUUUGAGAUCCAAUACAAUAUUUCUGUGGAUGUAAACAUGCAGCCUCUAAGGUAAGUCUGCUGACGGUAACACAACAAAACCCCAGUCACAUUCCCUGUGUUUUCAAAAAACAAACAAACAAACAAACACUCAUAACACUGAAUACAAAAACACCAUAACCAUUAAAAGCUUCUGUGAGGAUCUGUGGCUCUCUCUGUGGACAGUAUGAUAGCCUGUCUAACCGUCAACAUCAGCGCUCCCGAUGUUGCAGCACUCCUCCCUGCCUUUCCAAGUGCCGACUUGGAGAGCCUGAGCCUGAGGGAGGGAGAGCAGCGCAAAACCCAGCAGAACAGAGCACGCAUGAGUGACAACACUGUCAUUGGAAAGUCAGAACACUUGAGAGGAAGAGCUGGGGAGGAGGUGGGAUGUGGGCAGCACGCAGUGCAGCAGGGUUGAAGCAGAUUUAAAUAGAGCGCCCAAUAAGAUCAGCUGAUCUGGUUGUGAGACGUGGCAAUCGGCUGGUGUGAGCCCGCCCACAUCAGCUGAUGAGCGAGAGCUGGGCAGAGCAGAUUGACUCUGUGGCCUGUCUGAACUACCGCUAUGCUUUAUCAAGUCUGCAUUUCUUUCUAAAAACAGCACUAUAGCUUUGUGUUUAUGGUCCUUUCUUAAUAUGACGGGAGUAUUUACAGUUGGCAGCAGUGAAGCGCUUCUCUUUCUUUUGGAAACGAGGAAUGUUCCAUGUCUGUUAUUCUGAAUCUUUUCCUUCUCUCUUCAUUUUGCUGCUGCUCUGUAGGGUGAUUAAGUAAUUUGGCCUUUGCAUAUAAUGAAACUAAAAUUGUAGAAAUGUGACAAAAGUGCAAAUCCACUGUUUCAUUAAAACUACUGAAAAGCUAUAAAAAAACAUAAUGAUGCUUUAAAAGUUAGUGGUUAGUUAAUAAAUUCAGACAAAAUAGGAACUCCUUGACGUAAAUUGGUGCAAAAAUAAGAGGUUGUAUCUAAACAAAAAGGACAAAGAGGGAAAAACAUCUCACAGUCAGGCGCUCGAAACAAAUGUGUGAGAAUCAUGUUUUUAGGCCAAAAUUAGCAGAGACAGGAUCUCCAGACCUCCUCUGGUUCGGCGUGUCCUGACUGUACAGACUGUGGUUCAUCAAACUUCAGAUAAGAUCAAAUAAAGUCGACUUCAUGGUCUCAGAGGGAACAUUUGCCUCAGGCAUGAGUGCAAAGUUUUCUGCCACCAAGUGUUACAUAAAACAAACAAUGCAAACUAGACCUGACCAUGAAACAACAAGUACAGAUGAAAUGUUUGAACAAGUCCCUAAACUUGUACAAUAAUAAGCCUAAAACAGUUUACAAGACUGAAAGCCAAAGGCUAAAAAGAGGACAGACAAACAGAAGACAAUGAACUGUGUUUCAGUCUGUGUCUUCAAAUAUAAAAUGAUCAUCAGGAGUCAGGUUAGUCCAGCAGAUCAAACCUGUUGAUCUGAUACUUCCAGGCUCUGCGAUGUCUGUUCAGUUCAUAUCUAGGAACAGGCGACUUCACUGAAUACUGAGGUUACUUCUCCACUUGAUGAAACCAAAUGUUUACUUGCAUCCAUCAAAGUCUGCAGAUACUGUAACACUCCACCAUAACCUUCAGCUCAUCCCUGCAGUGCCCUUGUCUGGCUUUUUGUACUCUCCAAUCACAUCCCUGAAUGUUGGUUUCUGUAAAAGUCUGUUGAGUUUAAAGAGGAGGCUUUUUCUGGGUUACAUAAAAGCAGCUUAUAAAGGUGCAUGUUCGCAGAGACCCUAGUCUACAAUAUCUGCACUCUCAGAACAAAAAGUACUUAAACAAUGCACUAAAGUGUAGGAUUGGCAGCUGAAGCAUACUUGAAAGCAUGUAGAACCUGGUUCAGCUCACUGCUGAAAUACUCUAUCUGAGAUAUUUCAAAUCUUAAGUACCUGCUGGUAUUUUGGACCCCAAAUAAUGUUCAAAACUUGGGGCAGAAUUUUAUUUUCCUUGUGAAGAGAUAGAAGUUGUAGAUGGUAAAUUAAAUCUAAAUUUUGUGUUUUUAGGUUACUGUCAGGACCGGCAAGAGGGGCAGACCACCAAAGCAGCCAGUGGAGACUCAAAGUGAAGGUCCGCCUGUCUCUGAGUCAGGAGCAGAUCCAGAGGCUGGUGCUGGAGAGAGUGUAGAGACAGCAGAGCUCAGCACAGACGAGGUGAGAAUGAAGGAAGGAGACACAGAGACCGGAGGUAAGGAGGACAAAACUCCUGAGGAGAGCACAGAUGGAGAACACACCUGCUCUGAGUGUGGCAUGACCUUCCCCAGACGCUACUCCCUCAUCAUGCACUCGCUCAAACACGAGAAGGCUCGGGGUUACAAGUGCACUGUGAGUACCAUCACCGGUCAGCAUGUCUCAGUUAUACGUUCAUGUCAUACAUGUUGUAACGCUGGUGUGUCUGUGUCUCUUCAGCUGUGCAGCAAAGAGUUCCAGUACGCCGCCUCCCUCCGUGCCCACCUGGCCCGACACAAGCAGCAGAGCAGCCACCGACCCCCUGCCAUCAAACCCCCAGCAGAGCAGAGCUCAGAGGGGAAGGCAGACAGCGAUCUGGACGACAAGACUUCAUCUCCUCACACCAAAAGAGAAUUUGUUUGUGACAUCUGCGGGAAGACUCUACCAAAGCUGUACUCUCUUAGGAUCCACAUGUUGAACCACACAGGCGUCCGGCCUCACUCCUGUAAGGUCUGCGGGAAGACGUUCGCCCACAAACACAGCCUGAAAAUGCACCGAGCGCUGCACGACGUCACCAAACAGUUCCAGUGUCAGUACUGCAAGAAGUCCUUCGUCAGUAAGAGGAGCAUGGAGGAGCACACCAGUGUCCACACAGGUCAGGACAGACCACGAGACAGAUGUGUCUUUUGGGGGUGGGGAUGGGCGGUAAAGAAAAAAAAAUUCAUAUCACAAUUUCCUUUUUUUUGCAAAAUCACUAUCACAGCACCUCUUCUGUAAAUUCAAUGAUACACUUAAAAAAAAAGUAACUCUCAAUUCUUCAACAGGUGAAUCAAAGUACCUCUGCAACACAUGCGGUACAACCUUCCACCGAGCCUCAGCUCUGAGCAAACACCUGAAGAAGCACCUGCCCAGACCUGACGUCCGUCCAUUCGCCUGUGCUCAGUGCGUGUUUCCUCAUGUCUCUGUUGUGAUUCGAGGCUCCAAACUUAAAGGCGUCCUUCAUUAAAAUGUCCUUCACUUUUGUUUCCUGCAGCUGUGAUAAGAGGUUCUUUGAGGCCAAAGAUCUGCAGCAGCACAUGAACAAACACAUGGGUCUGAAGCCGUUCCAGUGUCAGGUGUGUGGGAAGUGCUACAGCUGGAAGAAGGACUGGUACUCGCACGUCAAGUCUCACAGUGUGGCCGAGCCCUUUAAGUAAGUCUGACGGAACAGGCGCCUGCAGUGUCUCUCUGUUUACACUAAUGCGGUGUCUUUUUUUGAGUAACCAUUUUAUCCCUUUGUCAAAACAAAAAACCAUGGAUACAGUAGGCUUAUGCUGCGUUCCAGUUACCUCAGAAGUCGGAGCUCGGAUUGAUGCUACACCCGAGUUGACGGCCUUCCAGUAACCAAGUUGUAAAACCAAGAUGGAUGCCUACUGUUAGCCAUUGUUAGCUGUUGAUUACAAUUGUCACCUGCCGAUAGCCGUUGUCAGUUGUUGUUAGCUGUUGUCAGUUGUUGUCAGCCAUCGUCAGUUGUUGUUAGCUGUUAGCUAUCCCAGUUGUAAACACAGUAUUUUACUCUUACGAACACCAUAGCACCAUGUUCACAGUUAGACGUGGGGCAGUACAACAUAUACCACUUAUUUAAUUUCACAAAAACAAACCAGAGGUGCUAAUAAAUAAUACAUUAUUAGAGCUUUCACUGUUACUCUUUCCUGUUGAUGCACUGCACUGCCAUCUUGGUUUAUGACGUUGUUGUCAAGUCAGGGUUGGUGAAGAUCGCCCGACUUUCCAAGUCAGAAAUCCAACCUUAGGGGGGCAUUCCAGAUGAAUUUUCGACUCGGAGCUCAGAAAUUCCGACUUCUGAGUACAACUGGAUUGCAGCAAUAACAUAGACCCCAUGCUCUGCAACCUCUUCCUGAGAAAGUUGACAUGUUGCCGCUUCAUAUCCACAGGUAGAUCCGAGAAUAUGUAGAAUCACAGUUCAGCUCCUUUGUCCUCCCCGCAGCUCUCAGGAUAGUUUGUCUGUCAUUCCACCUGAACAACUGCUUUAGGUGUGGACGAGGCAGUUCAGAUGGUCCUUGCCAGGGAUGUAGACUCUAGUGCCGUCUUGCCGCCUCUAGCUCCAUGUCAUUUUCUUUUAAGUCCAAAUAUAUCUCAAAAUGCCCUUUUUAUGAAUACUUAGGAGCGAAAAAACAAAGGCUUUAAGGUCUGUCACCUGCAGACGAGAGUUAACAUGCCAUGCCUCCUACUCAUGUGACUUAAUGCAGUGUCUUUGGAGAGCUGAGGUUCCUUCUUUACAGUUAACAUGAUGACAGAUGGUACCAGAGUUUGUUCUUAGUUCUCAGAAAGCAUGAAAAAGGCAUCCUCUGCAGCCCUCAUGGAUCUUGUGUUUCCCUUGUGUCCUCAGGUGUAAUGUCUGUGGGAAAGAGUUCUUCGAGAAGGCUCUGUUCAGGAGACACGUGAAGAAAGCCACGCAUGGGAAGAAAGGCCGGAUCAAGCAGAACCUGGAGAGAGAGUGUGAGCAGUGUGGGAGGAAGUUCACUCAUCUCCGGGAGUACAGACGCCACGUCAACAACCACCAGGGUGAGACUCCGAACCACAGACGGUGUGGAGGAUCUGGGUUCAUGCAUUUUAAGCUUAAGUUUAGGCCCAACCUCGACAGCCUAAGCAAACCCACCCUACCUGAUCUUAAAAACCCACCUGACAGAUCAGUCCUUUUGAUUUACACCAUAUGGAUUUAACCAUGAUGCUCAUUUUGUGAGAGUAAAAGGUGCCUGAGAGAGAGUCCACAUCUUUUCCAGAUAAACAGUUCAGUAUAAUGUUCAUUUUAUCUUAUUUUUUUACUGGUUUCAUCUUGAAGUUCAAAGUUCUGGUAAAGAGAUAACACCGCUUGCAGUUGAAGUAGCUGGUUUUGUUUUUAGAAGCACAGUUUUCUUACAAACAUCAUUGCUUUGAGACUUGGUUUUUACUGCAGUGGAGUCUCCCCCUGCUGGUUAUUGGGAGGAAUUAUAGUUUUAAAGCCACUUCAGCUGCUUGUCACUUUUUAAAGCUGGAGGUUAUAUCCACUUUUCAUCAGUCUGUACUCAGAACAGAAGGAGUCUAGGGGGGUAUACAAUAAAGAAAGCUUAAAGCCUUCAGGUCCUAGAGGAGGUUCCAGGUUCCUGUAUCAGAUACUCCACUUCAUCAGAGAACACAAACAUAACUUCAGAGGUGCAGGUAUUUAGUCUAAUGAGUGAACUGAGAUGGAGACAGAUCCAUUUUAUAAUCUGGGUUUUUGCUUGAGAACAAUUUUUUUAAUAGAGUUGGAGUUGGCAGAAUUAUCAUGCAGGUGCUGUGGAUAUUAAAUAUCUUUAUUCUGUAAGAAUUUUCUCUGAUUUCAGGGUCCCAAAGAUUCUCAUGCUUCAACAGCUGGUGAUCAGUAUAUCCCAUGUCCAGCAGGGACGAAUUCAUUAAAGGCACUUUGGAUCCUAGUCCAAGCUGUAACUGUAGUCAGGUUAGAAGAGAGCCAGCUUCAUGACACAGAAAACUCUGGCUUUAGGCUCAUCACACCCUCUCACCUCACUUGGUGGUCCACUCUGUCGAUAUUUUGUUCUUGAAAGCUUGUUCUUGUUUUUCUCUGUCAGGAGUGAAACCUUUCGAAUGUCUGACUUGUGGCGUCGCCUGGGCCGAUGCUCGCUCCCUCAAACGCCACGUCCGCACACACACAGGUGAGCGACCUUACGUGUGCCCCAUGUGUCAGGAGGCCCACAUUGACGCCCGCACCCUCCGUAAACACAUGGCCAAGUACCACAGUGACAACUUGCCAGGGAAGAUCAUGCUGGAGAAGGACACGCUGCAGUUCCACAACCAGGGCACACAGGUGGAGCACGCUGUCAGCAUCCUGGCGUCCGAGCUGCCCCCAGAGCUCCGCCCUGCCCAGCAGACAUCUGCAGAGGAGAUCGAGACGGUCCUGAUCACAGAGGAGACAGUGGAGGCAGUGGAGGCCGUGCAGCCCAUGGUGGAAGCGGUGGGUGAGGGCGCGGUGACGACACUGUCUGAUCAGGGCAUCAUGCAGGUGGUGAACUACGUCCUGGCCCAGCAGGCGCUCACAGGAGGCAAACUGGAAGACGCCCCAGAGGUAAUUCAGACUAUGGAGGUGGAGGUCUCUCAUGUGGCCGAGGUGGAGUAACCUAAACCUCCACAUAUGGACUGACCACAGAGUUUGUCACAGCAUGUAAGAAAUGUAGCAGAGUGUAAAAAGAGGAUUAUUUUUCUGAGGAUGUAAAUAAAUAUGAAUGGAAUCUGCUCAGCUUGAACUGAGUGCUGCAGGGUUUGUGUGCAGGCAGUCUUAUAUUUGUGUUCAAUGUACAUAUAUAAAUCAACGGAAACAAGAGCUACUGAAAUAAAGGUAGACAUGAAGACAA